UUCCCGGAAAUGUAUAGCGAGCUCAGCUGCUAACCGCUAAGGUACCAGGCUAACCCAAACCCAACGGCUGGUUCAUUUGUAUAUUUCUACCCAUCUCGCUGACGGAUCUGUAUUCCUUCAUUCACAUCCAGAUACUAUAAAACUUCUUUCGUUUUUGCACGGCCCGCUGCCCAAGAUAUGUAAGCAUUGACACUGGACUAGAUGCCCUGUGGCCUUUUUGGUUCAUCAUGAAGCCUGCCAACUAUCAAAGUAUGGCCUCUUCUGUAAUUAAUCCAAAUAUAAGCCUGGGUCAUUUAUUGAGCACUCCUAAUGUAAUGCGAUGUGAGAAAUGCAGAUUUGCCACUACAGACAUCUCAACAUUCAAGAAACAUGUGGCACAAGAGCAUACUGAGUAUUAUUGCUUUUACUGUAACAGAGUGUCUUUAAGCGAAGCAGAGUUACAGACUCAUCUGCAGAUACACACAGGAACAAGUCCAUUCAAAUGUCCUCAUUGUGGACAAGUGUAUAUGCGGAGGAUGUGCCUUAUAAAGCACAUAGAGCGUCUUCACAGUAAAAUUAUACCUCAAGAACCACCUCAAAUAGCACCACGUGUUUCUGUCUCAAGUGCCUCUCAAAGUGUAUCCAGCACAGCCAGUACAGCACCUCAGCGGCCCGUUGUACGUGUGAAUGUUCCAGCUCCUACGACCGCUGGAGUUACACUGGAAAAUAAUUUACAAAGACUAAAAUCCUUGAGUUCCUAUAUCUCAAAUGCCAAUCACGGCGAUGCCGUACCUUUAAAUGGACAAGUUCAACGUAAUCGAGCACUUACUGUUUCGCUCCCAGAGGAAGUUUCUAUUCCUGCCGGCUGCAUGGUAGAGGUAGCUGAGGUGAAGACUGUAGAUGGAACCAAGGAGCUCCGGCUAAGAUUUGUUGCUCAUCAAGAAAAUGAGUCUGUUAUCAAAAAUGGAAGGACCACAGUCCCUGAGACCUCAAAAGUACUUUCUUCACAAAUUAAAUAUCCAAAUGCAGCAUCAGAAUCAGGGAUGCGAUUUGGAAAUAAAAAUAUUGAAACAAAGAUUGUGAAUAAAGGACGCUCCACUCUGAUCCCAGUUAACGUUUCCAAAUCUUUUCCGAAACAAACGAUAAAGGAACGCUCAAAUGCAAAAAGGCCAUCAGAAGUUAUUGACCUGAAUGCAGGUGUUCCAAGUAAGAUUUCCAGAAGCUUUAUUUCUGUUGGUGAAGCCAAGGUUGCUUCACAGAAGGAACCCAUUAAUCACACUAUCCCACCUACUGCUAUGCCCUCCAUGUUGGUCAACAGGUUAACAUCGGGUAGUUUGCUACCAGAUAACCUGUCGACUCUGAUUACUCUAAAAGGCAUUGAGGAGAGAAAAAGUUCUGCUCCAGGACCUCCCCCUAGUUCAGAACCAUUAAUGAUGAACAAUGUGCAGAUUAUGCCUCGCAUUGUUCCUGUGAACCGAGGGCCUGCAACUGUAAAAGCAAAGGAAGACCCCAUACUCCAGAAAAAUAAACAUGACUUAACAAACCCUCAGCAGCAAAACUUGAAAACACUGCUUCUUCCAUUGACACCUUCAAUGGUUGCACCGACACCUCCCCAAAUUCGAGCUACAAAUGAAUGUAAGGAUAAUUUGGUUCCAAAGACGUUUACCCCAGAGCAAGCUUCUUCUCAGAAAGCUUCUCCAGAGUUGUUAGCAGCAAAGAAACGUACAAACAACUCUAACACAAACAUGAAAAUACCUGCUCUGCCCCAGGAAGUGAAAACAGAAAAAACAAUAACCGAGGAUGUCCGAGUAGAACGUGAAGGAUUUCCAGUCAUAUACUCCGUUUACUCAUUGAGUCAACAGCAAAGUGAUCCACAGGAGUCCACUCAGCCAAUUGUGAUGGCCGAAUGGACCAAUAGUGCAGGGUGUGACAGUCCAAAAAUCAAAAGUGUUCGCACAGAGCUGUCUGAAAUGACAGGACAUCAGGCUCAUGAUGAUUCAGAAGAUUGCAAGAUUACUUGUGAUACACUAUCUAGUAAGAUCUCCUGCGAGUCUGUGAAGAUAGAAGUAGAUCAAGACAUUAAGGAUGAGACUGGUGCCUUAGUAACCUGUCAAAAUAUCCAUUUAAAAAAGGAAAAAAGUACACCAGCGAAAGCUAAUAAAAAGUGCAAAAUGACUCUUAAAGUUAACAAAACAAACCCACCAGCUAUAAAUGCUAAUAUUAGCAAAACAUGCUCACCACCAGAGCAUGCUAAAGUUAGCAAACCGUGUGCACCACCAAAGCAUAUUGAAGGUAACAAACCAUGUGCACCAUCCCCACAACCUGUUAAUUGUGGUCCACUCGUUCCCCAGCCACCACUGGUUGCAGAAGACCUCUCGGUUCAAACCCCUGUGGAAGCAACAAGUGUCCCUGAAAGUCCCUCCAAAAUCCUAACUGUAUCUUUAAAAAGGGUUCGAGUUGGGAUCUUUAGGAAAAGCAAGAAGAGGAAGAAUAAGACUGUUCCUAAAUUAAGUUUUGCCAAGGUCCUUGAUGGCCCAAGGGCAUGUACAGCUUUGCAGCUUAUGCCACUGAGGAGAGACCAAGUCGUGAAGCAGCCAAGUGGUAACCAACCUGUGGUGGUGCUCAAUCAUCCCAAGCCCUGUGUUCACAUGAAAGCAGUACCUACAAAGACUCUCAGAAAUAAAGAAGCAACUGUCACUCCAAAGUGCCAAAUACUUAAAAUAAAACUUGGUAAAGUGAUGGGGCAGAAGUAUGAGGUGAUGGGCUGCACUGUACGGAACUUCUCUUAAAACAUGGACAGUGCCACAAAAGGUUAUUAUUCACAUCCAGCAGUAUCCUUACACGGUAUUGAAAUAAAACAAAGACCUUACAAAGAUGCCAAUCCUAUGGACUUUAGUAUAUGUAUAUUUGCAUGUGUUGUUGAACUGAAGUGCAAUGUUUUCAGAUGCCCUAUUAGUCAGUGCUGUAACAUCAUAUCCAUCCAUCAAUUUGUAUCAUAUUCAGAUAAAAUGUUUUUGUUCCUAUCUCAAAGUAUCUAUACUUUUCCUAUACACUACAAAUGUUUCAAAAAUCAUCCAAUAUUUUCUACAAGAUGUAAGGCGUGUAGAUAAGGGAGUAAGUGUUGUCAGUGUGUCAAUCACUGGUUUGCUUUGUUUGUUCUGAUUAAUUUCAUUAUUUUGUUUGACAUGUAAAUUUGAAAGAAUGUUACCUGCGUCUUACUCACCUUGCAGACAAUGAAAUAUUUAUGUUUAGAAUGCAUGUUCUAACCACUCUUUAACGUUCCAUGUGUAGAUGAAGGUUUUUUUUACUGUUACUUGUUAUUUAUUUAAAGCUUGUAUAUUUGGCUCACUAAUUAUUGUUGUCACUCAUACAAAUUUAUAAGCGUUUUUGACCAGUGUUGUUGCUCAUAUUGAAAGACAAGAAAAUUAUGUAUUUACGGCUAUUUCUACAAAUCGAACUAUGUAUUUUUAUUUUGGUUUCCUUACAAAAUUUUGUAUAUAGUCAGCAACUGUGGUCAUCAACGAUAUGGCACCCAUACAAGACAUAAAACUAGUCUGUACAGUCUAAUAUCCAGUCUCCAAGCAGCUAACAAAAAAUGGAGGAAAAGAUUGGUAUUGUGUUUGCCAGUACAUGUAUAUAGUCUAUGUAAAUAUAAUUACAGAUAGGCCUCCUCAACAAAAUUAUUGAGUCUUGAAAUGCGGUCUUUUCCAUUUGGCCUUAUUUAUAUCAAACAUACAAUACUGUAGUUCUUACCUCAAGUGUUAAUAUUUUAAAAAUUUCAUAUGUGGUUUUGCUUUUUUUUUCUUUUAACAUUUGAUGGUGUUAUCAGCCGAUAUAGGUCAGAACUACUGGCACUUACUGUAUAGGUCCUCCAGAGUUUAUAAACUCUAUGUUGCAUUCUGUGUUCGGAGCAGCUUUUAUCCAUGUAUUGACAAAUGUACAACUUUGCCUUUUCAUCAUUUUACAUUGCAGACAUUUUAUUUUCUUCACCAGUGUUUGUAGUCAUGCAUACUUUUGUAUUCACAAUGUGUUACUACUUUUUUAUUAAAAAAAGAACAUGGCUGACUUAUGUAUUUGACUGU